AUGCCGGGCCUAUCUGCGCUGGCCUUAAAACACGGUGUACUUGUAGGACAAGGAGCAAGUGGAUAUCGACUACAAAAUUAUUCGUCUCCGCUUCUGAUUUCAGACGCUGUUAAUAUUGGUUCAUGUUCCAAAUGGAUGACAGCUACGCUAGCUGGUCGUUUAGUCGAUCGAAAACUCCUGUCAUGGACCACCAAAAUUCAUGAAUGUUUUUCGAACUAUGCUUCUUUCAAUAGUCUGUUUCGAAAUGCUACUUUAGAACAAUUAUUAGCACAUCGUGCUGGUGUUCAAAAAACUUCAACAUUCUUCGAUCGACAUGGACUAGCUUUUAUUUCGCAAAACGGUAACAUAAGUCAAAUUCGUCGAUGGGUUGCUGAUACUGUUCUAAAAGAUACACCCGAAGUACCACCUGAUGAAUAUCUCUAUUCUAAUCAAGGUUAUACAGUUGCAGCUGUUAUGAUGGAACAAGUAACGGGUCAAGAUUGGGAAUCCUUAAUACGUGAACAUGUUUUUAUUCCAUUGGAAAUGACCAGCGCUAGAAUUGGUCCAGUUUAUGAUAAUACUCUUCCUCCUAAAGCACCUGUUGGUCAUGAACUUCUUCCCAACCACACAAUACCUAUUCCACGUCCAAUGCUUACUACACAAAUACUUCAUGUUGAACAUGCAUCAUCAGGUCCUUCGGGUUUUGUUGCUUGUUCACUUCAUGAUUUUGCUAAAUUCUUACACGCCCAUGUAGUUGGAGAAAAAACAGGAUAUUUAAGUGCAGCUACAGCAACUAAAUUAAAACAGCCCUAUAUUGGUAUCGAGGGUUACGGCCUAGGAGUUCUAGUAUUUAAUCGUACAUGGGCAUUGCCUGGUCAAGCACUGUUUCAUGAUGGAGAUGCUUUUGGACAAAACACGGUAUUUUGGAUUGCAUCUGCUAAAGAUUUAAUUACGAUUAGUUAUACAAACUGUCGUUCAGAAGACGGUAUUACUGGGAGAGCUUUGGAUGCUGCUAUUGGUGUUGUUUUAGCGAAAUAUUUGAAUAGUUCAAAGAACAUCAAAUUAGAAAGUCAUGGGUUUAUCGAUGAAAAUCACUUUUGA